AUGACAACAAACCGCAUCGUAGAAUCAGACCAGAUGUCACAGGAAAGUGGCAGCGAUGAGGAACAGCCAUGGAUCCAAGAAUAUUGCAUGAUGUUUGGUCACGAGUAUUUUGUUGAGGUUUCCAACGAAUUCAUAGAAGAUGACUUCAACUUAACAGGAUUGAGUUCCAUCGUUCCAUUCUACAGGGAAGCCCUGGAUAUGAUCCUGGACUACCAACCUGACUACCAAAUCAAGAGCGAAAGCUUGCCAAUUAUCCACCAUUCUGCUGAGUUACUUUAUGGAUUAAUACACGCCCGAUAUAUAUUGACGAAACCAGGAUUACAAGCCAUGGCAGGCAAAUAUGAGAAAGCAGUCUUCGGAACCUGUUUAAGAGUCCAUUGUGAAGGAAUGUACUUGUUGCCAAUCGGUAGAUACGACCAAGUUGGAAUAGAAACUGUAAGGUUAUACUGUCCAAGUUGCAACGAUAUUUACCUCCCAUCCUCUUCCAAGUAUUUACACAUUGACGGAGCAUUUUUCGGAACAUCGUUUGCUAUCCUUUUUGUCAAUAUGUUUAAUGAGAUACAGCGAAGAGUUAAUUUAAUACCCAAACAGAUAUUUGAUCUAAAGCUGUUUGGUUUCAAGAUUAAUAAAAUAGCACCUUCUGGCCCAAGAAUGAAAUGGUUGAGACAAUAUCCAACCAAUAGUGCAGAAGAAGAAGAAUUGCAAAGGUGCAAGUUCGAAAUUCCUACGUUAGAGACUGAGAGCGAAACUGACGUCAAAAUGGGGAGUGACUAA